AUGAAACUUUUCUGGCCCGGUCCGAUCCGACGACUUUGCGUUUUUCGUCUUGUAUCUGUAAUGCUUCUGCUAGCUAAGCGGUGUAAAUUUGAUUAUCAUCGACAGAAUGAGACAGCAUGUGAAAUGAUCAAUAAUGUUCUUGAGUCAAUGUUUUAUGAUCAGUUGCCAUCAACCAAAACACAAAGCAUCGCUACGUCCUAUUCAUUAUUAGCAAAUUUAGACCGUUUAUUAACAAAUUAUUUAACAUUUUCAUUAUUGAAUUAUUCAAGAAGCAUCGAUGCUGAAAACAAAACUACCACGCAAGACACUUCAUCAGCUGCAACAUCAUUAUUAUCACUCCCAGUAAAUCAAAUGUUAAAACCAUUAAUUUACAUGUCUACUAAUACAUUAGAACAUAUAUUGAAUUAUAUUUAUCAAUACAAUGAUUUACUAACUCCGAAAAUAUGGCAUCAUCUAUUUACACUAUUGUUUUAUACAAGUAUAAAUAAACAAUCUGCAUACCACAUGAAAACAAAAUGGUUUAAUGAAACAGCAGAUACAGUUUUUAUUCAUGUUCUGUUUCAAUUUUUUAAAGCAUCAUAUGAAAUGUUUGAUGAAAAUACAUUGGAAAUGAUAACCAAUUAUUUGGAACGAUUAUUUAUGUGCGAAGAACAACAAAGUGAAACUAUCAAAGGAAAACGUACAGCAGAAGAGUCGAAUCCAACUGUAACACAAUCCAUCAUCGAACAAAAUGUUUCGUGUAAUCGUUUGUAUUUAAAUUCAUUGAUUACAAUCUUAAAUCGUUUUAUAACCGAUAAUUUUUAUAUGAUUAAUGGUCCGUUGAAUUGUCAUUUGAAAUUAUUGAAUUAUUAUUUAAAAAUUGAUUUUACUAAUGCUACUGUAUCGAAGAAAACAAUAUUAAUCAAAAGUAUAAUUGAUUUUGUUUGGAAUUAUAUUCGUUAUUAUUCAACUUUAAAUUUUACAUUAAACAAUGUUCAUCCACUCAUGUGCUUUCUUAAUUAUGAUAGAAAACAACGUUUGUUGCCAUCCGUCCCAUCGUCAACAGUAUGUAACCAACAUUCUACAACAAAAAUAUCAUACAAACCUCCAGCAUCAAUGACACCCGCAGCUGCGCAAAUGAAUAAUUUACCAACGUCAUUGAACCCCAAAUCAACGUCAAAACAUAAUGGUUUAAGAGAAAAUUGUGUAAGACAAUUAGUUAUAUUUAUGACAAAAUUGAUAAGAUCACAACAAGACAAUAUAAACGAUAUAGCAUCAACAACAGAACAUACACUACAGGAACAGCAACAACGAAAACGUUUUAAGCGGUAUGAUGAUAAUGAGACUGAUGACGAUCUUCAGGAGUCGAAUAUGGAGAAAAAAGAAGAAAAUAUACCGAUCGCUACAAGUGAACAACAAGAGUCAUUUGUACUUGAGUGUGCCUAUAUUGAAAAAUUAUUAUCAAUUUUGAGCGCUUGUCAUUCAGCAAUUGACUUAUCCUCCUCAUUAUCCACAUCAAUUAAAUUUCUAGCAACAACACUUCUAACGAAUGAUAAUGACAUCGACAAACACAAAUCAUUUCCUUAUCCGUCUUUUGUUCAUAUUACAAUUCGAUUGAAUUCAAAUGAUUUAUUAUCAAUUGGUGAUUGUAUCUAUUAUUGUUUAACGUCGUACGUUAAAAAUUCUGAUUAUAUUGUGCCAAUUGUUUGUAAUUAUUUAUCUACUUAUCCGUUGAUAUCAUCACCAUUGGUACUCUAUAUUAUACUUAUUUUACAAAAUCAUAAAUGCUUAAUUGAUGCAUUGAACAAAUAUCCACUCUUUCAAAUAUUAAUUAAUGGUACUAUUAGCGCAAGUAAAUAUUUCUUACAAACACGUUCAACGAUUAUACCAACAAUACAACGUACAUAUGAUAUGAGAAAAAAUUUACAAUUAACAUUAGAAAAUAAUAACAGUAACGCUGCUAGUACAAAUGCGCACUCUCACCUUCCACUAAAUACCUUUCCACAAUACAUCCCAUUGUUUAGUAACCCAUUAGUGCCAUCCACAGGAACUGCUCCUAUGAAAUAUUUACAAGUUGUAGCACAAGGACAAAAUUCUCUUGCGUCAGCUUUAGCAGCGCCAUCAAACACAAAUGGGCAGAACACAUUACCAUCCACUUAUUACUUAACAACAGCAAAUAAUAUUUCGAAACCGAAAUACGAUGCUUAUGGUAAUUAUUCACACAAAUACUCUUCACCAACUUCACUACAAACUGAUCAACAACAGUUAAGUGCGCCACCACUUGGCUUGAUCAAUAUAGCAGCAGAAGGACAAAUAACAUGUACAAAUCCAAAUUCAUCACCACCUGAUGUACUUAUAUCAGCAGCAACAACUCUCACAUCACAAACACUUCGCCGUAUGAGAACAUCUCCAUGGUCAUAUCAGUUUUCAGCAAGCGAAGAACGUUGUACGUUAAUACUCCAUUUUCCACGUGUUUAUACAAUUAAAAAUAUUGUUAUAUCAACAUUCACACAAAUUGCAAUAAAUCAGUGGGGAACAGCGGGUAACGUAGGCUUAGGGACAGGUGCAUCUGUAGCAAAUAAUUUUAUUACCGAUGGUGCGCAUGGAAAUACAACAAUGAUAAAUAAUAGCCAAUCACCAUCAGCUGUCAGCGUCGAAAUAUCGAAAGAUGGUUAUUAUUUUGUGCCAUGUGGUGUACCAUUACUUACUUAUGGACUUCAGACAAUUGAUAUCUCGCUGACACAACCAGAAAUUGUGAAAAAAGUACGUCUUAAUUUAUAUAAACCAUAUGAUCAGGAUACAAUUGGUUUACAACAAAUAUCUUGCUACGGUUAUUGUGCGUACGAUCAACAAUCGUUAAUACAACAAUGUUUAUCAUAUCCAACGCUGACAUCAACCGUUUAUGGAGUAUCACAACCACAUAGUAACAAACAAAAAUCGUCUAAAUCAAGUGUAAUUACACCGACAUGGUCAUCCUAUGAUACUGAAAGUAAAAUGAUAUACUCAUCGUUUAUAAAAGCCAGUCAACAACAACGACAACAAAGUCAAAUUGAUAAUAGUUCAAUUCAAACGAUGUGUACAAGUGAUGAAUUACGUUCAUGUCUAAAUUGGCUAAAAUUAUUGCAUGUGUGUAUUUAUCGUCAACAACAAGGAGAAAAUCAUGAACAAUUCCUUUCGUCUAUCAGUGAUGAAUUUUUAUAUGUUUGCUGUUGUCUGUUAAACAACAAUAUUGAUAUUAAUAAUGAAAUGUUAAUUGAACGAAUAUUAAUUCAUUUGGGAAAUUAUUGUUGUACAAGUGAGAAGUUGUUAUAUAUGUACGAUUUAUUAUUUGAUAUUUCUAUGAAAAAAGAAUCUAUGAUAAUUAAUCGUAUUAUUUACAUCAUGAAUGAAUUAAAAUCGGAUAAUUAUAUUAUUUAUUUAUUAAAAAAACUAGUUAAUUCGAAUAUUGACGAUAUUCCAUCACAAGUAUUGCAUACGUUUGCUUGUAUUCUAUGGAGGCAUGACAAAAAUGAUGAGUUCAAUGAGUUAUUAGCCAUUAGUCAAAUGUUAAUUGAAAAAUGUUUUAAUCAUCUUAUGUCAUCGAUGAUCUCACUCUCGGUUAGUCAAUCUGUUGGUUGGAUAUUAUGUGCAUUUGGUCGACUGUAUCCAAAACUAUUGAUUGAAAAACUGAUUCAACUUCAGCAAUCUUCGGUUUCUGUACUAUUCGAAUUAUUAAAAUAUUUGUCACAGAGUAUUGUAUUCUUAAAUGAAUUUAUACAAACAGAUUUAUUUUCGCAAUUAGUUCAGCAUCUACAUAGCCAUAUUCAAUACAUUAUCGAUGCUAACUAUCAUGAUUUAAAUGAAAAUUUAAUUAAUAAUGGCCUCGACUAUUUUAUAGAAAUAAGUCGAUAUGCUGUUGUCCAACAAUGGUUUUCUCAAACACCGAAAGCAAUCGAAAUAUGGCAGAAUUUAUUAAAUUUGUUAUCAACAAACACUUCCUAUACAUCACUAGCAUUAUUAACAAAAUCAAUAUCUUUAUUGAAUAAUCUAUCAUUACCAUCUCCGACAAAUAUUGAGAAUAUGCAAUUAAUUGCUAAAUAUCUAACGAAACUAACACACAAUCGUCUCAUUGAGCACCGAUCCUUAAUUGGCUAUAUCCAAUAUAUUCUGAGUGAAAUCAUUCUAAAUGAUGAAAAAGUACAAUUGUAUAUAAAUACUUUUGAUUAUCAAAUUGAACAAGCAAGAACAAUAAAAAGUUAUUUAGAUCAUCCAUGUUUCGGUACUGGUUAUAACCAUUUUCUAUUCAAAGAUGUCUCAGUGACAAUGACUAUGGAACAAUUAAUACAAAAAUUAUUUGGUGAUAAUUAUUUACAAGCAAAUAUUUGGACGACAAUGAAUUAUUUACAAAGACAACAACAACAGGCAAAAUUAAAUAAUAUUAACGGUCAACAACAACAACAAGUAGAGAAGGAGACAGAAAAGGAAAAAGAUAAUAAUAGACGUCAACAAUUAAUUAAUAAUAAAUCGUCGUUAACAUCAUUCAAAGUCUUAUCAUUGAAGUCUGUGGCAAAAAGUUUAGUAAAUACAUCAUCAUCGGAACGCGCAUCAAAACAAACAUCAACAAGUUACAGCAAACAAGAUGAUCAACAAUCGCAAUUGUUCCUGGACUAUGUUCAUUUUAUUCUCUAUGUUGACAAUCAACCACGACAAUUUAUUGUUCCGAAACAUUUACAUCUUAGAGAAUUAUUAUUAUCAUUUAAUUGUCGUUCAUCAGAUGAAUAUUCUGCUGAUGUUCUCCGUUUUUGUUUUCACAAUCAUUUUCUUCCAGACUAUUCGACAACUAUAAUUAAUGGCGACAAAAAAAUUAUUCAAAUAGAGGAAAAUGAGCAGAAGGAAAAGAAAAAAGAUGACCAGCAACAUUUGUUAUCAUCCGAUAAAGAUUAUUCAACAUUAUUAGACAUAUUUAUCUCGCAUGAUGGUUUAAAAAUAUUAGCUCAACAUUUUUCUGCUCAUUAUCCAAUAAUUCAAUGUUUUGACGAUGGCCUGAAUAUGUCAUUUGAUAAAAUUGAUUUUUUUGAUUUUUCAUCAUUGUUAACUUCGUCGUCAACGCCAGCGAAUAUUUCAUGUGCUGAUAUGCCACAUUAUGUUUUCAUCACAUUUUCUAUCUUCUUACGUUUACCAAAUUAUGCUAAAGAAAUGUUAAAAAAUCGUUCAUUAGCCUGUACUAUAAUUCGUUUAAUGUUGGGUCAACAACAGUCAACAGAUCAACAAAAUCAACAACAGUUUGAUAUGAGACAACUAUCAAAAUUACCAUUCGAAACUUUGUCCACUCUACUAAAAAAUGCAUCGAGUGAACUAUUGAAUGAUAUAUUUCAUUCAAACAUCUUGUUACUCUUAUUAUCGUGUCUCUCGUCGAUCACACGCCAUCCACAUCGAAAACAAAUUAAAAAACAAAUGAUUCAUGAAGACGACUCAACAAUUCAAACUACAAUAUAUGAUGAAGAUUCCGACACAGAUGAGAAUGAUAUGAACAAUUUAACAAUAGUAAAUCAUAGUCAACAUGUAGCUGAAUCAACCAAUAUUCAUCAUCCAUCCCAAACUAAUCAAAGUUUUUGGGCUAAAGGAACAGGUUUUGGAACUGGUACCACGGUAUCAG